AUGCUCAAAACAAUCCUAAAGCACAAACAACAGAAGCGAAAAUUGAGGAGGAAGAACUUUUUUAAAAUUGCAGCAACGAAAGCAAAUGAGAGUGUUGAAAAAUUGCUUUCAGUUACUGCAGCCCAUCUUUUAAAAAAUCAACAAUGGUAUCAGAGCCCCAUUGAUCUUACUGGAUAUACCCAUCUUUUAAAAAAUCAACAGUGGUAUCAGAGCCCCAUUGAUCUUACUGGAUAUGCCCAUCUUUUAAAAAAUCAACAGUGGUAUCAGAGCCCCAUUGAUCUUACUGGAUAUACCCAUCUUUUAAAAAAUCAACAGUGGUAUCAGAGCCCCAUUGAUCUUACUGGAUAUGCCCAUCUUUUAAAAAAUCAACAGUGGUAUCAGAGCCCCAUUGAUCUUACUGGAUAUACGAGUUCAUGGAAUAUGAGUAGAGAUUGCUGCUUGUGGGAUGGAGUCAUAUGUGAUGGGUCUACUGGCAACGUGAUUGAACGUGACCUCAGUUGCGAUAGUCUUGUAGGGAAGAUCAAUUCCAAUAUCAACCUCUUCCAGUUCUCUCAUCUCGAAAGGCUCAACCUUUCUAGGAAUAUAUUCUCAAAUUCACAUAUUUCACCUAAAUUUGACAGAUUUUCGAGUUUGACACAUCUUGAUCUUUCCUACACAUCUUUCUCGGGUCAAAUUCCUUCUGAAAUCUCUCAUCUUUCCAAGUUACAGCCUCUUCAUUUACUAAACUAUGAUAUGAAACUUGGACCUCACAAUUUUAAAUUGCUCCUUCAGAAUUUGACCCAAUUAAGACAGCUUGAUUUUUCCUCUGUAAACAUCUCUUCCACCAUUCCUCCAAUUGUUUCUUCUCAUUUAACAACUCUAAGGCUGGGAGAUACAAGAUUGUAUAGGAUAAUACCUGAGAGUAUCUUUCACCUGCCCAACUUGAAAGAACUAGACUUAUCCUACAAUGAUCAGCUUAGUGUUUAUUUUUCAACAACUAAAUGGAACAGCAAUGCAUCUCUCAAGGAGUUAUAUCUCUUUCAAGUAAAUUUUUUCAGUGGCAACGUAGAUGUCAAACAACUUUCCGAGCUGGAUCUUUCAUAUAAUAGUAUUUCUAUGACCAAUGAGAAUAAAGUCAAGUCUACCUUGCCUGAAUUCCUCACAGACUUGGGGUUGUCCGCUUGUGAAGUAAACGAAUUGGAUUUUUUGAGAUCAGCAAAGCAACUUAGUCAUCUUGAAGGAUGCAUCCCGAGAGGACCUCAAUUUGAUACAUUUGAGAACAAUUCAGGUGCAGGCAAUAAUGGAUUAUGUGGAUCCCCAGUUUCGAAAGAUUGUGGAAAUUUUAUAUUGGAAAGAGGAAAGAAAGAAAUACUGAACCAUGGAUCACCAAACCUCAUUCUACAUUUUAUUCUGAAGAAGACUAGCUUAUAUCAGAGCAGUGAAGUGCUCUACACUGAGCAUCAGACACUUUGA